AGAGGGGGCAAAAUUGAGGAAGUGGGGGGAAAAAAACCGAAAGUACCCGACGGCGACAUACUGGACGGGACGACUAGUAUAUUAAGUCCAACUUUAGUCAGCCCAGAUUUAGUAAAACUUUAGUUCGGAACACGUACAGAGCUCAAAAUACCUUAAAUUGAAUAAAUUUAAUUGAUUAAUUGAAUAUUAAAAAUGUCGGGAGUUUGUAAGUUAUUAGUUAUUGUUUUUAUAAUUAACAUAACUACAGUUAAGUGUUAUUAUAAUUCAUCAUGUUCGGAAAUAGUAUCCAACAUACGACAUCCGAAGAGAAAUGAUACAUUAGUGAGAAUUAAAAUCCCUAAUCCACCGAAGAAUUUUCGACAGUUAACACUGAAGGUUCUUUAUGAAACAAGAGAAAAAUUUAAGAAUGAUUACCACGGAUUUAUUAAUUUAAGAUGGCCACUAGCUGAAACUAUGGACAGAAUAACGAGUGGCAAAUCAUUGAUCUAUAUCGUUCACCUUCCUAUGCUGCUAAGAAUUCCUCAUAUAAUCUUCGUAUCACUUAAUGAUACACCAUUAUGCAUUAUAAAAAAAGAUCCACUUAAAAGAGUAGUAGAAUUGAAGCAUAAUCUGUUGCCUCCGCAAUUCAACCCAGCUUCACUACCUAUUAUUUCAACUACAGAAGCGACAUCAACUACUUCAACUACUGAAGCACCAUAUAUCGAUGAGAUGCCGAAAUCAUCCGAGCCAGAAGGACCGGAUACUUUUUUUAGGAAAGAGUUGGAUGAAUUGUCAAAAGGAUGCGGUCACAUAAAUUCAGACGACAAUUUUGAAUUCAAGGAUAAUGUUAGAUUGAGACAACGACAAUGGCCAUGGUUAGCAGCCAUUUAUAUCAACAGCUCUACCUCUGAGUUUCACUGUUCGGGGACUCUUAUCAGUGACAGGCAUAUCUUGACAGCUGGUCACUGUACCUAUUAUAACGACCGCAAACUAACCCCGAACCUCUUGGUCGUAUCCUUGGGUCGCUACCGAUUGGACGAUUGGGAGGAACCAUUGUCCGACAACUACGAGGUGUCUUCAAUCGAUGUCCACCCCGACUACAACUUCGGCUUAACUUCCGAAGCCGAUCUCGCCAUUUUAAAACUCUCCAGAAGAGUUCGCUUCAGGCCGACUGUCCGUCAUCUGUGCAUUAAGACGGACUUCGAACAAGGGUUCGGUCCAACUGAAGAACUCGGGUACGUCGCUGGGUGGGGAGACAAGACUCUAGCUUCAAAGGAAAACCGAGAAAUCGUCGAGGAAUCUUCAGUUGCAAAGUUGCACGUAGCUCCGAUAAUUUCUCCGGAAAAAUGCGUGAACGAGACACGAAAACUUGAGAAAUUCAUCACUGACAACACUUUCUGUGCCAGGUCACCAAAUGGCGUCAGCGGUCCCUGUAAUAGCGACAGUGGCGCUGGCCUCGCUGUUGCCGUUUUCCAGAAGUUUUACCUACGGGGUGUCGUUUCGAUGUUGGCUGUCGGUAAAACAGCUCUUGAUUGUGAUCAUAAAGAUUUUGUGGUCUAUGUCGAUGUGUAUACAUAUACGUAUUGGAUUUUACUGAAAAUCUUUGAAGAAUAACUGCGUGAAAUGAUUAAUAUUAAACUUUUAAGGUCUAAAAUACGUUUUUAGUAUUCUUAAUUUAAAUCGUUCAUAAUAUUCUUAAAUCUUAAAAUUUACACGGAAAGAACAAGAUGACACUGGAUACCAUCUCAGAUUAUACUCAGUGACAUCUAAGGUGAAAAAAAUUUUC